CGGUGACUUGUGAUGAUCCAGCUGGCCUCUAAAAUGCAAAUAUAAUCUAAUUACUUCCUGUCAUUUCUCUCUCUAGUCUCUAGACACUCUUUCUUUCCUUUGGUCCAAAUCAUUGAUUUCCUUCCAGGUCGUUUUGUUUAUCUAAUGUGCAGUAGCUUCCAACUCCCCAAGCAACAUGUCCACACUGUUACCACCAACCCUCAACCAAAGCUUGCAGACUUUACCUGCUAGCUCGCUCAACACCUAUCAGGAUCCCUUGCUCUACAUUGGCCGUCAGGCAAAGCACAUCCAGCGUAAUUUGCAGGUUCUAAUCGAUGCCCAAAGUGAAGGCCUCCUAGCUGGCCUCACCGACUCUCCACAGCAGAGCGUAAGCUCCCCGUCAAAUGGCAGUUUCAGCCCGACCCCCGACUCGAGUCGCACCCUGACAGCCCCGUCUACCGUGCCGGUCAGACAGCCGAAGAGGGAGAAGAUUGGACUGCGCGCCGCCCGGGAAGGCAUCUUCAAGUCCAUCUAUGACCUGCUGAAACUGAGGGAGGAAGAACGGGAGGUACUCACGUUUCGGGUGGGUGAAAGGAAGGAUGCACUGAAGGAUAUCGAUGGAUUUUGCAAAAAGCAGGCAGGGCUGGAGGAGGCGAUCCUGACGAUCGAGAAUGAUCGAGAAAGCCAGCGCUCCCGGGAAUUACGCGAGGAGGAACAUAGGCUCGAAGCGGACAUCCAUGAACUGGAGAACAAGCUCUCCCAGAUGAAAGCACGGCAUCGGCAAGUGACGCAGGAAUUAUCACAUGUGGAGAAUACCGUGGAAUCGAAGUUGUCGUCCUACAAAGCUUCUCUGUCUAUCCUGGAGUCGGAUAUCCACCAGUUCCUCGCAAGUCCGCCGGUCGGGCCCCAGGCGACCGACCAAAAUGAGCAAACGUUUUAUUCCCUCAACCCCCAACGCCGGACCCUCAACAUGGCCCAAGAAUACUGGAAGGAAGAGCAGUCGGCGUUGCGCAGGCGACAAGGGGAAGUCGACUCGGAGAUCGCGGCGCUCGAGGAAGGGGGUGGUGUGUGGAAGCAAGUCGUCUGGGAGGUGUCGGGCUUUGAGAGGCGCUUGAAAACUGCCAUGCGCCGUUCUGUCCAGACCCAAUCGCAACUUCUUCAACCUAGUGGACCGUCUGGGAGUAAAUCGGAGGAAGACAACGUACGUGGAAUCCUGGAAGAUUUAGGAAGCACCGCAGAACGCGUGGGACAACAUCUGAGGCUAGCGGAGAGCAAGGAUUGGCGGUUGCUCGUCUGCUGCAUUGCCACCGAGCUGGAAGCUCUGCGGGAAGCGCGGGGUUUGCUCUUGAACGCUUUUGGUGUCUCGGAUGAGUCUGAAGAUGAGAAGGGCAAGGAGCCUCGAGCUCACAGUGAGACUGAUCGAGAUAUUGAUUCCUGGGCGGAUCCCCUUGGUGUCGACAAUCCUGAGCCCCCAGAGGAUUUAUUGAGGGACACAGACGCGCAUUCUCACAGCACGGGGUUUAAAUCGGAAGACGAGGACGAUGAACCUGACCCAGCGUGGCUACUCCCAGAAACCUGAGUAUAGAUUAGACAAUUCAAUAUAGACUAGUGUGAAGUAUAUAUAUUCCGGCAGCAAUGCAUA